AUGCACCCCGGCCUGGAAAGAUACCUGGCCGCCGCCCCUUCCAUCAGCUCUCAGACCGGGAAUCCCCGACUUGGAGUGGUAAAUUGGCUUUCAGGGAUCAGGAAGAUUGUUUAUUGGCAGUCGGUCCGCGGCAGUGGGGGGCCCCCAGGCGUGGGAGGCUUGGGGUCACAGCCAGUGGGAGAAAGGUGCCAGGAGGGGGAAUUUUCCCGAGUGGGCGGCAGGGGCGGGGCGGGCCAGCUCCUAGUGUCACUCGGCUCGGCCCGAAUCCCGAAGCCGGGGAAGAAUGGGGCGGUCCCGAGGCUGGGCCCUAGGACGGGGCGGGCCGUGGGCACUGGGCCCGGGCCCCGCCCCCCUCCACCCUCGCCACCUGAGACAGGUGGAGUCGCCGGAGCGGCUGCAGGAGUCAUGUCCCUGAAGGAGCCGGACCCGGAGCCGGGGCCCCCUGUGGAGUCAGCGCCGAGCUGCCCGGUGCACGCCCAGGAGCUGAAAUGGUUCUGCAGCGCCGAUCGGCGGCUCGUGUGCGCCGGCUGCAAGGGACUGGGGGGCCCGUGCCGCGAGCACCACGUCCGGAGGGCGGAGGAGCGGGCGGAGGAGCUGCGGAACAAGAUAGUGGAUCAGUGUGAGAAGCUGCAGCUACAGAGUGCUGGCAUCACCAAAUACAUGGCUGAAGUUUUGCCUCGGAAAAACCAAAAUGCAGCGACCAUGGCCAGUGGGGCCCGUGAGGUGGUGAUCCAGCGGCUGAGCCUGGUAAGGAAUGUGUGUGAGAGCGAAGAGCAGCGGCUGCUAGAGCAGGUACAUGCAGAGGAGGAGCGAGCCCACCAGAGCAUUCUGACCCAGCGGUCCCAUUGGACAGAGGCCUUACAGAAGCUCGGCACCAUCCGAACCAAGCUAGUGGGCAUGCUCACUGAUCUCGAUGACCACAGCCUUAUUCAAUCAGAGCGGGAGAUUUUUGAGAGGACUGAGGAAGCUGAGGGAAUCUUGGAUCCCCAGGAAUCUGAGAAGUUAAAUUUUAAUCAGAAAUGUGUGCGAAGCCCAUUACUAACCCAGCUCUGGGCAUCAGCUGUUCUCUGCUGCCUCUCAGGUACUGAGGACAUUCGAGUGGAUGAGAGGACCAUCAGUCCCUUUCUCCAGCUGUCAGAGGACAGGAAGACCCUUACCUUCAACCCCAAGAAGUCCAAGGCCUAUGCAGAUGGCCCAGAGCGCUUUGACCAUUGGCCCAAUGCCCUGGCCUCAACCUCCUUCCAGGGUGGGCUUCAUGCCUGGAUGGUGAAUGUAGAGAACAGCUGUGCCUAUAAGGUGGGAGUCUCCUCGAGCCAGCUGCCCCGCAAGGGUUCUGGCAAUGAUACCCGCCUUGGCCACAAUGCAUUCUCCUGGGUGUUCUCCCGGUAUGACCAGGAAUUUCGUUUCCUGCACUGUGGCCAGCACCAGCCUUUGGCACUGUUACGCUGUCCAGACCGUAUUGGGGUGUUAUUGGACUUGGCAGCAGGUGAGCUGUUGUUCUAUGAACCCAGCUCAGGUGCCCUCUUGUGUUCCUACCACAGCCAGUUUGAGGGUCCUAUCUUUCCUGUCUUUGCUGUGGCUGACCAGAACAUCUCCAUUGUUCAGUGAUGGCCUUCUCUCACGAUGCUCAAAGGGUUCCCUCCCCAACUCACCCUCAACAUCAUGAUGCCAGGUUUCCCCGUUGUGCAUGCCCGGUAGCCAUCACCAGAGGCAGAUAGUGGUGGGAAGAUGGAACUGAGGUGGGUUUCACAUCUGGGUCCUACUUUUCAAGUACUUGGGUGUUGGUGAGGUGCCCGCCCUCAUCCCAAUGUGCCACAGGUCUCUUUUCCCUAGCAUCCAUUCUUAAAGUACCUGAUAUGGGAGGACAGGGAAAGGUGAUGAAGGAAUAGUGGAAAGAAAAUUGGGCAGGGAGUCAGAUGCCUAGGUUCUGGUC